UUGGAUUUAUCAGCACCUGGUGAGGUCAGAAAACAAACAACAUGACGGAUUACUCCCUUAAAUCAGGAAAUUUUGGUUAUACAAGUAUUACUGGAAAACAUCUUCCCCUCCCUAUGAAACCUCUCUGGGCGUCUUAGAGGGAACGGUAUCCAGAACAGGGAGUAAAUCCCUGGAUAUCUUCUUCCAGCUGCCUGGGCAGGCAGGACUUGGAGGAUGGCAGUGAGGGACCCCAAGAUUAUCUGUUCACCCAGAAACGUAUUCCCUUUCCAUGCCCCAUUGUAGCAGCACUGCAGUGCUUAAGACCUGCUUGGGCCAGAGGUCUCCUCUAGCCAGCUGGCUGUUCUCCAGUCCCUUGGUACAGCUACAGCAGCGUGGAGAUAUUAAAAUGCAUCAGCGAAACUCACUUCCCAUUAGCAGCUCAACCUCAGUUCUCUAUGAUGCCAACGAGGCCGUGCCCUGAAAUAUAUCCUCUACAGAAGAGGCUUUCUCUGCAGGGCUGUGUAGCAAGUGAUGAAACGCAGACUGCAGGACCCACCGCAUCCCCUCCCCAUUACAGGUGUGCCUAUAGGAGAGGCAAGCACUAACUGAUACCAAGCACGGAGUGGCAGCGUGUAGAAUGAACUUAUAACUGGUGCCUUGCUUUUGUUUUUGUUUUCCUGAGCUGCAAAACAAGAUGCGGGAGAGAGGUUAACCGUGGUGUCUCAGACUUUAUCUAGCUGAGAAGGGGUUCAGAAGGGUGCACUUGACAAAUGAUUAAGCUCAGUUUGUCAGUGAGGAGGAGGUGGCUUUCCAACACAGGCUCAUCUGAGCAUUCUUGUUGAUUCCACAGUACUCACCAGAGAUUUUUUCUCCCCAGCCACCUCUGUAAGACACUGCGAUAGAUGUAGCUUAAGCUUAUUGAAGAUUUUCUCUGGAAACAGUUAUCUCCGUAUCCCAAAAUAGCCCCGCUCCUGCUCUGCCUUCUUACCCCAUCACUGACAACGCACUGCAGGACCAUAACUUACCACCAAUAUUACAAGCAAGUCAUUAAAAUUUGAUCUCCUGCAAAAUCCACCUUGAAUUGUGAACUUGCUUCCGCUUCCUUCCUCAGCUCAGGUUGAACUCUGAGUCCCAACUCUUGGCCCCUUCCAAGACUGCAGCCAGGGAGCAGUCCUCCUCUCGUUGUUAUUGCUUUGGGUUAUCAGAUUCAGCCCAUCUAUAGACACAAUCCCUCCUCUCUAUGGCAUAACCACCAAAAUAGUGUAACGCACAAUGUAUCUAUCUCGAACUCAGAAAUUACCUUCCUAGCAUACCUCAAUGGACUUACGUUAUUUGUUGGUGCAAAGGCAAUCCCAUAAGAGCAGCAUGCUGUAGCCAAUUGGUUGGUGUUCUUUCACAACUGUGAACUCAAUUCUACCUGCUCAGAAUAACAAUGCUUCCUGCAUUAGAAAACUAUCUGGAGCAGUAUCCAGAUCUGAUCUAUUUGAAGGGGACAAAAAGGUAAAACACAACGGCACUGAGAAAUACCUCCCCACGUAAAUGCCACUGCCUGCUGGGAAUGUCAGUGGGAGAGCUUUAACUCGGCCUGCAGGCAGCUAAAUCCCUGAAGCAACUGCAUUUGUGUAGGGCUGGGGAAAGCUGCUUAUUGACAUCCCACAGCCAGACAGUGUUUUGGUUUGCUAUCUGUCGCAAGCUUGUUGUUUAAACAAGAAACUUGCUCUGGCAGUUUUUAAUUUAGAAGGUGCUGGAACACUCCUGCACGUAACCUUCUGAGGCAUUCUGCUGUGAGGCCUUCCCAAGAAUGUAACAGAUUUAUGGCUGUAUUAACUGCAGGUAAUUCAGGUACCGUGGCAGAAAAAAGGGGAAAAGCAUCUGGAAUGGUUAUCAGUGCUGACAAGAAGAAAACAGAGGAAAUGGAGCUUAAAAGAACAGUGCAUCACCAAAUGCUGGGACCAAGAUCAGCCAGGAAUGGCUCUGCAGAGAUCCAUAGCUCCCUGACACCAAGCAGACUGGGGAUGGAGAGGAGUUUCCUGGAGGAAUUAAGAACACAGCAGGAUAGCCCCAGCUCCUCAGCUGCAAAACCCCAUGCUGUGAGGAGGGACUUGCCCAUGUCUAAGAGCUGGGGAGAGCCCCAGAGCUCUUUGGUACAGCUCUUGGGAAGAUCAGCUUUCUUCAUGUUUAUCCUUUCUUCCUCAGGGAAGGCUCCGAUGCCACGGCCUCACUACAAGCCCCAAGAACCAAAUGGCUGCAGCUCCUAUUUCCUGGGGCUCAAGGUACCCCAAAGUCUAGAUUUGGGCAUCCCUGCCAUGACCAAGUGCUGCAACCAGCUGGACAUCUGCUAUGACACCUGCGGGGCCAACAAAUACCGCUGCGACGCCAAGUUUCGCUGGUGCCUCCAUUCCAUCUGCUCUGACCUCAAGCGCAGCCUCGGCUUUGUCUCCAAGGUGGAAGCCUGCGAGUCCGUCGCAGACACUGUGUUCAAUGCUGUCUGGACCCUGGGCUGCCGGCCCUUCAUGAACAGCCAGCGGAGCGCCUGCAUUUGCAGUGAGGAAGAGCGAGAUGAGCUAUGAAGCAGAGCAGAUCCCCCCGGCCUCCGUGAGCCACUGCCAGCGUUCCCUCUCACACAUGGCACUUCAUCACAGUGACUUCCAGCAGCCCUCUGGCCGAGCACGGGAUGGGGGUACCUGGGCCAAGCAAUACGCACCGGCUGCAGCUCUGGGGCAGAAGGCUGCAAAAGGGGAGGCAGCCUGGGCAAGUAGGGCAGAGAUGCCUGCUGUCCUCCGCAGCUGCAGUUACACCGCCCUAUCCCUUUCCAGCUCUAUCAGAAUGACCUGAUGCCAAUUUUCUCUGCAGACUGAUCUGGAAAGGCAAGCAGGAUAUAGUGCUGGUUAUAAACAAGGGGCUUUAUUUGUUUGUUUGCCUUCUACACCACUCUACUAGCUUCUCCUGCCCCUUAACUUUCUAAUUUGCAGUGCAAAGCAUUAGGCUUCUGCAGCCUCUGACAAGCUCAGCCUGUGGCUGCACUACUUACAUUUUUCCAUCUCUGGAGACUGAAGGAGAGGGGUUAUUUGCUCUCAGUGCGAUGCUCACAAACACCUCUGACAUUUUCUAUUCUAUCAUUACACUCUCUGACUACCCUGCUUAUUUAAUACUCGGUGGAUCCUGAAAUGAUGUAAAACACCCAGGAGUUUGGUAACAUGAGAAGGACUCGGCGUGUUUGUGACACUGGCGUGUUUCAUACCUGGGCAGAAGAGGACCAAAGCCCAUCACAUCUCAGAUGUGCAGUGCACUAAUCCACAGCCUCUCUUACACACCUACAGCACUCUCCCACGUUCUCAGGAGAGGAAGCCACUUUUCUUUUUCAGUGACAUCCAGACUGUAUCUGUUUAAUUAUUUUCCUCCUGUAUCUUCUAGCAGGCCUUCCCUUCUGGAUCCCUGUUAACACUAAAUGGCCGGGUACCCACCUCCAUCUUUUGCACAAAGCUCACUGUUGCCGUGGAUGAGAUUUUCCAAACCCUGGAGACUUAUCUGUCAGAUGGCAGGGCUUACUUGCUACCUUGGUGGGGCAGAGACACUGCCAGCUGAGAGCGAUCAGUCAUCUCAGAAGCCACUCUUUAAAAUGUGGUUAAUACUUCUACCUGCUACUGGGAGCUUUUAUGGCAUGUAAAAUUAGAAUUUAAAGCGGUAUGCAGAAUUUCAUUGACAUAUAACAUUUGCAGACAGCUUUCAUCUGUGUUUUUUGUUGAAAGGAAGUUGCUGUUGGGUGUGCGUGCCAUGGCACAAAAGUUCUUCAGUUUUCUGCAAACAUAUUUAUGGCUAUGUUCUUCUAGCUGUCACAGGAAAGUUAAGGCUACAGAAGGUAAUAUAACAAGAAUGGAAAGAGUCUGUUUUCAUUAUCUUUCUUCUAGUUUGUGUUUAAAUGGAUGUGUGGAGCUAUAAAUUAUUUAAGCCCUGUC